AUGGCUCUGUGGCCUUUUCGCAACAGAGGCGACAAGCGCUCUGCGGCAGAAACCGUUUCUGCUCGCAAUGCGGCAAAGUCGGCUCCUGCGAGGCCCAGCCAAGAUGCGCCGAGAUUUAGCUUCUCGCCUGAGCGUCAAGAUGCAAUCCAUGUCGACCGACCCCAAGACUUGACGGGAGGAAAUGCGAAUGCGCCCAAUCCCAUCUGGCAGAACCGCGCACCAACCUUACACCACAAACGAAGCGGAAAUCAACCUUCAAGGAGGAAGAGCAGCAAACGAAAGAGACAAGACCAUAACCGAGAAGCAGAGAUUAAAGCCAUGAGUGCCUUUACGCCGGCACGAGCAACCACCGAUACCUUUGCCACCACUCGCAGCGCAAAACAUGAUAAUAAACGGGCAAAGACUCUGCCGGCCAGGCCACCCGUCAGGGCGCCUUGGGAUAGCCCAACUUCUGACACCUCGCUACCUAUCCCCAUCUCGGUCGAUUCCCGCCUGUCCAUUGAUUCCAACUAUUCAUCAUAUCGAGUAUCUGCCCUGGAUUCUCUCGCACCUAGACCAACACUGCGAUAUCAAGGAAGCGCUCGAUUGCUCCCGUCCCGUGCCUCCGGACCUGCGCGAUCGGGCUCUCAGAAGAAGAGACUCGCCGCUCUUGACGAAGAGACGCUCAGGGCGCACAAGCGCAUUGAUGAUCUGGCCGACGAUUUUGAUGCUGGUGAAUUACGAGAGCUCAUGGAAAGGGAUGCUAGGAGACGAGAACGGAACAGGCAGCGUGAGCGAGACAGGACCGAGAAGAAACUGGCACGAAAGGCCGAGAAGCAAAAGAGAGAAGAAGAAACUGCCAGGGAGAGGGGAACUCCUUCGCCCGAGAAUCUUGAGCGAGGCGUCAUGGGCCGAGAAGUUGGCCUCGGCAUCGAUCCACCAUCGACCGUAGUGACAUCAUCCAAGCAGCGGGCUUCUCCAGAGCCAAUGUCUGACAUCGAGGAGUAUUCCAAGAAGCCUUCCAAGGACCAGGCGGAACCCCUGGGGACAUUCCACAGGGUAGACACUGCGCCUCGCGAGGCUGAGCCCGCGCCAGCUCCCGAAAGAUUCCCGCCGCUUCCUCGCAAGUCAGAUGAGCGUCUCCCAGCAGUGCCACCCACCCUUAUUAAGCUGGAGGGCAACAUGCUACCCAAGACGUCCACUUCAGGGUCGACAUUUGAUUCUGACAAGGAAAAGACGUCUCUGGCAAUGGACGAUGAUGCCACCACACGAAAAGGAUCUGAGACCAGCAGCAAGACUAACCGCAUAUCGUUCUCUACCUUGCUUAGGUGGGGGAGAAGUCGCCGCAACUCUGGCGGUCCGUCUUCCUUCUCAAACACCUCGCGCGAAGAAAUGUCCAUGGCUGCACAGGCUGUAGCGGCGGCACAUGCCCAAGCGCAGGCCAGAAACCUCGAGUCGCCUGUCUCAUCACUUUCCGGCAACUAUCUAUCAUCGAAGCCAGGUGUUGGUCCGCCUAAGCGAAUGAAAUCCCGCUUCCGGGAGGAUCUUCCAGAACUUCCGAUAUCACCACCUGGAUCCCGUCUACAAUCACCUGAAGCAGACGCCUCUCACCCCAGCGUUUCUGCAUACAAAUCUACCGCCGGUUCGGAACCGAUAACUAUUCACCACCCAAUUUUGCGAGACGAUACUCCAACUUCUGGCCAUCGUUCAAUUGACAUUCCCCAAUCACGGGCCUCAAGAGACAAGAUGUAUGGCAGCCACUCCGCUGAGCCCCAUCUUUCCAUGUCUCUAGCAUCUGUCGACUCAGAAGGGUCCUGGCUCUCAGGGAGAGUCGACCGAGAUGCCAGACCAGACUCUCCCUCGAACAGCACGCACGAGGAUCUCGAGAUUACUGAGGACGAUUACAUGUCACGCUUGAGCCCCGAUCCAACCGCUCUAACAUUCAACUCUCGUCUAUCAGGCGAGGGUCGCCCGAGUAGUGAUGGAGAAGAGCUGAGGGAUGAAGGCGAGGUUAGGUGGGGUGCCGUUGGCGCUCAGCCGCAGUUUGUCUCGCACACGAAUAAUCGUGAUACCAUUCGCAGCCGCGAAGGUCUGCUUAACAUCGACUCAGGAGACGAGGAAGACCUCGAUGCUCCCAUUUCUCCCAUUUCUCCAAUUACCCCGAGCAUUGAGGAGAAGGUUGAUCUACAGCGCGCCACAAGCGUACGGAUGGAUCCUGGCCAUGCUCGAAACUUUAGCGCUGGAAGCGCGAAGCUGCUAGAGAUACACCCUCGAGCAUCUGCGGAUGGCAAGAGGCUGAGCCAAGAGAGGUCGAAUGGUGUGUAA